AUGGACGAGAUCAUUCCUAUUGAGCAUAGUCAAUCAGCUGAUCAAAAAGUAGAAGGUUGCUAUAUAGUAGAGGAGCCUGGCAACUAUGUCCUUGUUUUUGACAACACAUUUUCUAGAAAUACACCGAAAAAGCUAACAUUCGCUGUAACUUUAUGCGAUCCACCGCCACCUGAAGUGAUAGCAGCGGUAACUGAAAGAAGAAAGAGUUCGAUUGUUUCCUUAACAGCAGCAACCACUACCGCUGCCGCUGGCAAUAAUAACAGUAACCUCACUAAUAGUUGUAAUAGUAAUAGUGUAAUUUCGGGAUGGUUACUGAAAAAAAGACGGAAGAAAAUGCAAGGCUAUGCCAAAAGAUGGUUUAGUCUAUCACACACAGGCGCAUUAUCUUACUCCACUGCCGUGAAUUCCGUCAGUAGGGGAUCAAUUCAAAUUUUGGUUUCAACAAUAUCUUACACACCCAAUCUUCGACAAAUCAACAUUGAUUCGGGUACUAUGAUCUACCAUCUAAAAGCAAUGACAGAAACAGACUAUCAUGAAUGGCAAAGAGCCUUUACAAAUGUACGUAAAACUCAUGGAUUCAAUUCAGCAGUAGGAGGAUCGAAUGGUGCAUCGGUUAGCAGUCCUUAUGAGGGAUUGCAUAACGAUCAACACCCCACUCGAAUAUUGCAGCAACGUAUUUCAUCCUCCCUAAGUCAUAAUCAGCAUUUACUAUUGAGAGCAGAAAUAGAACAAGGCGUUGAAACAUCACAAGCUAACAAAAGUAACAUGGAGGCACUUGUCAAUACUAUUGAACAGCUAAAACAAGUAUUGAUCAGUAAUGAUUUGAAAUCAAUACAAGGCAUCAUAGACCAGUUUGAUAGGCAGAAACUUCAGUUAUCCUCAACGAUGAGCGAGCAACUGUCGCAAUGGAAGAACGUUCAAAAUUAUUAUACCCAGCAUCGAUCUUUAUCGUCUUCCGGUUCAAGGACACCUAUUCUUGACUCAAGGGAGGAUGAUCUGCUAUACGAGCGCUCCGCUAUGAAUCGAUCAUCCAGUCUUUAUUCUUCAGACCAACAAUAUUACGAUGCGGAAGAUAUUAUUUUAUCCGAUAUGGAUGAAGAAAGUAUGUCAACACCAACGCAACCUUCAGCAGUAAACACGAACGAGGAUAUGUGUGGUAUCAGUCGCGAUGAUGAUGAGUAUGGUGACGAUGACGAUGACGAUGACGACGAAGAUGAUGAUACCGUUUCCUCAAGCCUUACUACUACAAGUGAUGGUGGUUUGAGCCAUCUAUCAUCUCAACAAUUUGUGACCCGUCGGGCCAAAUUACCUUCGCCUGCUAUGGCUGAUCCAGAAUCCACUCUUUCUGUUUUCAGAAAGAACAUUGGUAAAGAUCUAUCGACGAUUGCCAUGCCUGUCAGUAUGAAUGAACCACUCAACAUGUUACAAAAAGCCUGCGAAGAGCUUGAAUACUGUGAAUUGAUUGAUAAAGCUGCUACAUUCAGCAACCCUUUGGACCGCCUCAUGUAUAUUACUGUCUAUGUUAUUUCUACAUAUGCUUCUAGUCAAUAUCGUACAGGUCGCAAACCCUUCAAUCCAAUGAUGACCGAAACGUAUGAAAAUAUUCGUCCAGACAAAGGAUUCCGCUUCGUCUCUGAAAAAGUGUCGCAUAAUCCUCUUAUCAUUGCUGCCCAUGCUGAAUCCAGGAACUAUACAUAUUGGCAGUCUACACAAAUCAAAAGUAAAUUCUGGGGUAAAUCCAUGGAGUUCAUGACAGAGGGUACUUUCCAUAUCACAUUGAAAAACCACGAUGAUCACUACACUUUUUUCAAACCUUCUAGUUGGAUGAAGAAUAUGAUUGCUGGUGAGAAAUACUUGGAGCAUUCGGGUGAAUGUAAGGUAAUGAAUCAUACGACGGGUGAUACAGCUGUUAUUGUGUUUAAAGAAGGAUCGGGCGGCGGACUGUUUGGUGCCCCAACGAAGCGAAAUGAUGUGAUAGCCACAUUGUAUAACAAAGCAGGGGGAAAAGUAAAGAGAUUAACCGGUAAAUGGAGCGAAGCAAUUGCAGAGGAAGUAGGCAUGGAUAAGAAUAAACUGAAUGUGUUGUGGACGGCGAAACCACCUCAAGUGGCGAAUUAUGACAAAUUCUUUGGAUUUACAAAGUUCGCAACUGAACUGAAUGAAAUAACUGAAAUAGAACAAGGAAAAUUGCCUAUUACUGAUACCCGAUUGAGACCUGAUCAACGGCUUUACGAAGAAGGGUUAGUCGAUGAAGCUGAUAAUGAAAAGUUACGGAUCGAGCAACAACAGAGAGAACGACGCAAGAAAUUCGAAAUGGCAGGUCAACAAUGGAAACCAAGAUGGUUCACACUUACAGACAACGAACAAGAAUGGUCAUACGCUGGAGAAUAUUGGCCCACGAGAGAGUCCGGUCAAUGGCCCAAGGAUCAAUUUCCUUUAUGGUAA